CCAUUCAGCCCUUCACAAAUGUGGGACUGUGACAUGAUUCCCUUCUCUUGCCAUGUCACAGUGCUGCACUGAACAUCCUACAUGUCCUAUUAUCCUGAUCCAACCUCUGCCAGGUAGAGUCUCUGUCUUCGGAUCCCCAGAAUGGACUGUGCUGUUAGAAAUCACAGGGACACUGCUGUUAAUGCAGGGAGCUGCUGUCCAUACUCAUCUAACAAUCUGACCUGAGAUCCUAAUGUGUUCAGUCAUUUCCCACCUCAAAUUCUCGAGUGAAUGCCAGGAUCCUUUUUCCUACUCUGGGCACCCAGGUCUCAGGCUUGCCACAAGUCACUGGGGUCUGGGGAUUUGGUCUGCGUUCUGGACUCCAACCCUCCUGUUGGCCAUAGUGCUGUGUCUGAUUCCAUGUCCUUCCUGUGUUCUACCUCAGGGUACAAAGGUUACACCCAGGAAUGAGAAUGAGAACUGUGUGGGGUGGACCAUUGAUGCAGGCCUGCUGAAGCAGCGAGUGGAGCACCUUGUGCCCGCCUUCUUGGGGAGAGACCCCACGUACGUCUCCACCUUCUUGGGCACGUACCCAACUUUUACUACCACCCAGCAGGUCCUGGAAGUGUUGUUUAUGAGAUACGGAUGCUUGCAUUCAGAGGCUGAGGAGGAUGGCGGACCCCGGGAGCAGGAGAAACUGGCCAUCUCCUCCAUCCUGGGCACCUGGCUGGACUACUACCCUGAGUACUUUUUCCAGCCCCCAGAUUUCAUCAGCCUGAAGGCACUGCAGGAAUAUGUAGGGGUCCACAUGCCGGGCUCUGAGCUGCAGCGCCGCGCCCGCCUUCUCUACUCAUGGUGGAGAAAGUGUGAGCCCAAUGAGCCAGAGUCUCUGGCUUUGGCAGCAGCUCUAGAGCCACAUCCACACGUCCCUCGGGAGCGAGCCCCCGCUAUCCCUGUGGUGCCCACUGCAGCCUCGCAGCCCAGGCUGCCUGAAGCCACCAGUUCUCCUGGAGCUCAGCGCGUACGAGAAUCGGAGACCCUCACUACAGCGUCCCCACCAGGGCAGGAGGUACUCCCAGCUCUGGCUGACAGACAGGAGCUGGAAGAGCCACCCGCCCCUUUGGUGGCCCCAGAGCAUGAGCAGCCCUCAGCCCCAGCCGGCGGGGUCACGGAAGGGCUGGAGCAACCACCUGCUGCAGCUGAGCAACCAGCCUCAGCUCCCCAACAGCGGCUCAUGUCGGCCGCAGCCCCAAAGGAUGAAUUCCCUGACCUUGUCAUGGCGUUCGUUGUCAUUUUUGUGGUUUGUAUAGAGAUAUUUACUGUCCUUAUGUAUUGUUUUAUAAGUAAAACAUAAAUUAACUUCAAAAUAAUUUUACUCUGAUCCUUUGAAAGUACACAUUGAAAUGCCAUUACGUAUAUUCAUAGAAUUAUACAACCAUGGCCACUAUGUUCUCCUAGAAUAUUUCCAUCACAGACACAUGUAUACUACCCAUCAGCCAUGGCUCAACCCUCACCCCGGUCUCUGCAACCACUGACCUCAGUUUCUGCUGCUUUAGCUCCUCUGGGGUUUUCAGGUGUGUGCAGUCACACACCAUGGCUUAUUGUGUCUGGCUACAUAACAUGAGAGUGAUUAAUAAUUGGUUAAAUAUUCAAUCAAACUAAUAUUUUUAGGACAGAGGAAUAUUCCCCAAAGAACAAAGAUUGUGGAAGCCUCCUACUUGAAAUAUCUUCAUUAUCUGGGAUAGGGAUCCCAUUUAGAAGUUUGACUUGAGAGCUAAAAGCCACAAGA